AUCGGUCACUCACCGAGGUUGUCUUAAAUUGAAACAGAAAUAGGCAGCUGGAAAUGUAUUAUUGAAUUUUGAGCAAAGAAACUUAUAAAAGAGUCGAUCUCAAGUUUCCAUGUUGUAUAUUCUUCUUGACUGAUUUUAACUCGUGCGCCAAUACGAAGAUUCUUGUAACAGUGUGCUUGUCUUCAUUUUUUUAAUCUUAUUUCCUUGGAAAGUGACGAUGUCUAAAAAAGAUCAACCAAAGAAAAAUAAGCCAGAUGAUGAGCCAUCAGAGCACUCAUCUGACCCAUCUGAUGAUACACCAAAGGACGAGUUAAGUCCUGGUGAUGAUGAGGACAGUUGUCUGUUGUCCCCUCCUCUCCCUGCUGGAGCAGAGGUAUCUCCGGUAGCGAGCGGAAGUGGCGCGAGAUCAUCCAAAGAGGGUAAAAAGGUCACCGGUAUGAUGAAAAGGUGUAACCCGUUUAGAAAUAAAAAUCCUAAAAAACGUAGAUUGUCAAGUCCUUUUUCAAAAGCAAAAGCCGUCUUUAAGAAAACAUUUCGGAAAUCUGAUACAAGCAUCCAAGCCUCUAAACCUGAAUCUGAAAGGCACUCUCGCAAAAUUUCUGAUCCUACAGACUACAGGAAAGUUGUUGAUCUCCAAACAAGAAUCGAGCCUGAGGAAGGUUUCUUCCAAUCCCAUUCAGCGUCUACAAGUAAAGAGACCGAAACUGAAGAUGGUGAGCAAACUAGCAAGGAACCAAAGCCAAAAGGUUUUUUCAGUCAUUUCUAUAGUUCGAGUAAGGAAACCACAGAUGGGCCUGAAGGUAAGAAAAAAGCUGAUCCUGCUGUCCAAAAGAAACCACUCUCUCCCAAAAUAUCCAAACAGUCUUGGUCCAGUGAUGCUCUUUCAAUUGGUUUUUUUAACGAUGGAAUGCUGCCAUCUGAAUCUUCAGGGGUUCCUACGGAGUCUACGUCUGUAGACACACAAGAUGUUAAAUCAGGCAGCAGUGUUUCGCCGGUGUCUUCCAGUAAGGAACCUUCAACCAAACGAUCUAAGGCUGAAGAUGAUGACAACAAGUCUGGUGACUCAGACUGACUUGUGAAUUUCUGAGGACUACUUUUAAACUUGUACCAUUUUUAUCAAUGAGUGUUUCGUGGGAACAUUUUUAAAAAUAAAGUGCUUUGAAUAUU